AAAUCAAAGAAAGAGAUUCCUCAGCAUAUUAGUACAUCUUUCCCACUAAAUCCUCUCCUUGUGGCUCUCAUACACACUCUCUCUCUCUUCACCAUACUUGGCUUGGCUUUUUUUCAUUUAGUGACACCUUUUUUUUUCUCUCUUUAAUGCCCAAAAAAGAAAAAAAAAAUCCAAUCUUUUUUGUUAUAUGGAAAUACCCUUUUGGAUUAUCCACUGAUUUUGACUUUUUUUUGAACAGAAAAAAAUGAUGCAGCACACUUCUGUAACUCAAGAACCUACUAACCCUUUUGGUUUUGUAUCUCAAACAGGUUCUUUUGUGUUUAAUGGAGUUAGUAAUAGUAAGAGUAACUUUACUUUAGAUGCAUAUUCAACUUUGUUGUCUAAUUACUUGUAUUUUGAUUCCAAGAAUUGUAAGAAUAAGCCAAAGGUUGCACCUUUAUUGAGUUUAAGUAUUAGUAGUAGAGGUGCUUCAUCAAGUAUUAGUAGAGCUCUUUUUCAGUUUAAUAAAGCUAUUAGAUUUCAUUGUGAGAAAAUACCUCUUGGGUUUGCCUCAGUUGGGGUUGGGGUUCAUUGUGGAGAGAGUAAUGGGGUUAGGGAAGAAGGGAGUUUAUUGGAGAAUGAGGGAAUACCUAACAAUGGUGUCGAAUCGGAGCCUCCGAAAAAGGUGCUUAUUUUGAUGAGUGAUACUGGUGGGGGUCAUAGAGCUUCUGCUGAAGCUAUUAGGGCUGCUUUCAAUGAAGAAUUUGGAGAUAAAUAUCAGGUGUUUGUUACUGAUUUAUGGACGGAACAUACACCCUGGCCUUUCAACCAAUUGCCACGGAGUUACAACUUCUUAGUGAAACAUGGAUCUCUGUGGAGAAUGACAUAUUAUGCUACUGCUCCUCGUUUAGUUCAUCAAACUAAUUUUGCUGCUACAUCUGCUUUUAUUGCUCGUGAGAUUGCUAAAGGUUUAAUGAAAUAUCAACCUGAUAUUAUUAUCAGCGUACAUCCUCUAAUGCAGCAUGUUCCUCUUCGCAUUUUGAGGUCCAAGGGUCUCUUGAAGAAGAUCAUAUUUACCACUGUUAUAACAGAUUUAAGCACUUGCCAUCCUACAUGGUUUCACAAACUUGUUACUAGGUGCUACUGUCCAUCAGAAGAGGUAUCAAAACGAGCACUGAAAGCUGGUCUCAAGCUAGAUCAAAUAAAAGUUUAUGGGCUUCCUGUACGACCUUCAUUUGUGAAGCCAGUUCCUCCCAAGGUUGAACUGAGGAAGGAACUUGGAAUGGAGGAUCAUCUCCCAGCAGUACUACUGAUGGGUGGUGGGGAAGGAAUGGGCCCAAUAGAGGCUACUGCUCGAGCACUUGGAGAUGCACUCUAUGAUGAAACUAUCGGGGAGCCAAUCGGUCAGGUCCUAGUAAUAUGUGGGCGCAAUAAGAAGCUUUUCAACAGAUUGACUUCAGUGCAGUGGAAAGUUCCUGUUCAAGUAAAGGGGUUUGUCACUAAAAUGGAGGAAUGCAUGGGAGCUUGUGAUUGCAUUAUUACUAAGGCUGGACCAGGGACUAUUGCGGAAGCCAUGAUUCGUGGACUGCCUAUAAUUCUUAAUGGUUACAUUGCUGGACAGGAAGCUGGAAAUGUGCCAUAUGUUGUCGAGAACGGAUGUGGGAAAUUCUCAAGGUCACCGAAAGAGAUAGCCAAAAUAGUUGGUGAGUGGUUUGGUACCAGACAAGAUGAACUCAGAAUCAUGUCCCAAAAUGCUCUAAGGCUAGCAAAGCCAGAUGCUGUGUUUAAGAUAGUCCAUGACAUGCAUGAAUUGGUCAGACAGAAAAAUUUUGUACCCCAGUAUUGUCCUGCUUAAAUUAAUUACGUUGGUUUCUUGGGAGGUAGCAGACACCCAGUAGAAUAAUCGAGGUGUGCGCAAGCUGGCUCGGACACAAUUAUUAAAAAUAAUGAUUAUUAUUCAACUCAAUUUUGGCUUGAAUUCUCAGUAGAAUGUACUAUUGCCCUGGUAAACAUUCAGAGAAACCAAGAACCAAAUUUUUGUGGUCAAAUUCAUUUUAAUAUAAGAUAUUUUUCUCUGAUC